UUAUCCUUUAAAAUUCUGGCCUUCUCCUAUGGUCAGAAAAAACUAGAUUCUGGACACGUGUCAAAAUGAGUCAGGUGGUCAGGGCAUCUCUUUGAAGGUUUUCCUGGCACAUCAUACAUCGGAAAAUUACCCAUAACCCACUGGAGACCCAUUGUGUCCCUUCUGGUCUGACUUUGGAUCCCUCAGAAUGAGCUGAGGAGUGAUGUCUGAGUUUCUUCUGCAAAAAUAACUCGAUUAAGGUUAGAUCAAUCCAUUAAUAGAGUAAAAUGCUUUUUUAUUCUGCUUAUCUGCAUUGUUUGAAUUUGGGGAAUCUAGACUGGCCUUUUACAAAACACUUUCUAACUCAAAGGUGUGACUGGGAAACUUAAAUCAUGACAGACUGAAAACUGUUGUGCAGCCAAAUAUAUCAACAAGAUUAGGAAAUCUUUUGGUCUAAGUCUGGCUAGAAGAGUUAGAUAUAACUGUCUUUAUUGCCCAACCGCUUCCAAGAUCUAUGUCCAGUUUUAAAUAGUAUUUAAAUUUGUAGCAAAUGAUUUUCAAAGGGUUUGAAUUAUUAUUUCUAUGUGCACUUUGCACAAGGUCUAAAGCUGCAUUCCCAAAAUGCCGCCCAAAACUUCCAGUCUUCUUUCUAUCUCCCUUUCACUUACAAGGUUGCAUAGCAGCAGCUCUUACUUUAUGGCGUUAUUUAUUUUUUUUCCAAAAGUAAAAAUCUUCUCAGAAACAUCCUUGCUUUGCAAACACACCAAAGGUCUUUUCAUUGAGUUUCUUUUAAGUAGAAAAUAUUCCUUGAGGCACAUUUCUUUUAAGCUGGGAUCUAAGAUUUUCUCAAGUAGUGUUUUAAAAGUACAAACUUCUAAUUACAUCCUGACCCAUCCUGAAAUCUUUGUCUCGUGAUCGCCUCAGGUUGUCCAAGGUCUAAGUUUUGUUUACCUUCAAACGAAAUGGAUCCUUCCGCAUCCCUUUACCCCUCGGAGGGGGUAUUAAAAACCCCACCACCUCCUCUUCAUCACCAUCACCACCCCCAACCAUGACCCAGUUUGCAGGGGGUGUAAGUGUGGACCAUUGUGAGUACCACAGGGAGAGAGGCAAGAUGCUCUGCCUCCCUCUCUCCCUUACAGAAGAAAAAAAAAAAACGCUCACACUUGGUUAAGCACACACUGAGGCUCUCCAUAAGAGAAUCUCCGCCGAGCUUCUCCGCGUUUUGUUUCCAGUUUGUCUUUGUCGCCGAGAUGCCGAUGUUGGUUUUAGGUCAGAGCUAAUAGAUGUCAGCUGAGGCUACAAGUAUGUAAAGAGGACCGGAGCUGAGGAGACAGAGAUGGGGGGGGGUCUCACAUUCAGGAAGGACACAGGAUCUGGCACCUGGGAGAGGAGAGGAGAGGAAGUCUGUGAGCAAGUGAGAGAGGGACACUGUCUGCCCCACUGUCCAGUGACACCAUGAGCUGGAGCUUCCUCACACGGCUGCUGGAGGAGAUCCACAACCACUCCACCUUCGUGGGGAAGCUGUGGCUCACCGUGCUCAUCGUCUUCCGCAUUGUUCUCACUGCCGUUGGGGGAGAGUCCAUCUACUACGACGAGCAGAGCAAGUUUGUGUGCAACUCGGGCCAGCCAGGCUGCGAGAACGUGUGCUACGACGCCUUUGCCCCAUUAUCUCAUGUCCGUUUCUGGGUGUUCCAGAUCAUUUUGGUGGCGAUGCCUUCUCUUAUGUACAUGGGGUAUGCUGUCAAUAAGAUUGCACGAUUGGAUGAAGCAAAAGGAACCAUUGGAUCUGCUGGCAUCAGAGCAGCAGGAGGGGGCUACACCCACAGAAAACCCAGGAAAAUUUGUUUUGGAGCCCGCCAGCACAGAGGCAUAGAGGAGACUGAGGAGGAUCAAGAGGAUGAUCCUAUGAUCUAUGAGGUGCCAGAGAUUGAACCACCGAAAAGGCCUCGAGAUCCACUGCAGCCAACACCUAGACCUAAAAUCCGUCAUGAUGGGCGUAAGCGCAUCCGAGAUGAGGGCCUGAUGCGGGUCUAUGUUUUGCAGCUGGUGACUCGAACAGUGCUGGAGGCGAGCUUCCUUGCAGGCCAGUAUUUGCUGUACGGUUUCCGUGUGAAGCCGAUUUUUGUAUGCUCGGGUAAACCUUGCCCCCACAGUGUCGACUGCUUUGUGUCGCGUCCUACGGAGAAAACCAUUUUCCUCCGAAUCAUGUAUGGUGUCACUGUCCUCUGCCUCUCUCUCAAUGUCUGGGAAAUGCUCCAUUUGGGCAUCGGUUCUAUCUGUGACAUUCUGCGGCGCCGGCGAAGCCCACCUCAGGACGAUGAGUAUCAACUGGGCUUGCUGGGCACUAAUGCCGGUGGCGAGGGCUCUGUUGGAGGAACAGCUCCCGAGGCCGGUUCUGAGGGUGGGGUAGGUGGAGAUGGUGCUGCAGAUUAUGUUGGGUAUCCAUUCUCAUGGAACACCCCAUCAGCUCCACCGGGGUACAACAUUGUUGUAAAGCCAGAACAAAUGCCGUACACGGACCUUAGCAAUGCUAAGAUGGCAUGCAAGCAGAACAGGGCAAACAUUGCCCAGGAGGAACAGCAGCAGUUUGGCAGCAAUGAGGACAAUUUCCCCACUGGAGGAGAAGCCCGUGUGGCUCUCAACAAAGACAUGAUCCAGCAAGCUCAUGAGCAACUGGAAGCAGCCAUCCAAGCCUACAGUCAGCAGCACCGGGCAGAGGAGCAUCUAGGAGACAACCAGGAUGACAAGCCGCAGAGCAACAUCAUCCAAGCCCAACCACAGCCCCAGCUUCAACCUCAGAAAGAGCGCAAACACAGAGUGAAGCAUGGCAAGGGGGGCAGCAGUGGAGGAGGUAGCAGCAGCAACAGCAGCAGCAGCAAAUCAGGAGAGGGCAAGCCCUCAGUAUGGAUUUAAGCCCACGCACAGUGGCAUGUUAGCAUGUAUAUAAUAUUGAAUGAAUGGGGAGCUGUUGCAACUUGUGUUGGAUAUUACACCACAUGCCUUAUUGAAUCCUGCAAGCUGGAGGCUAAUGUUUUUCUAUAGAUCUGGGUAAAAAAGUGUAAUGUUGCAGCUGACAAUUUGUUUAGUCAAACUCAAGGCCAAAUCCAGUCUACCAUAGCUUUUUAUGUGGCUUUCUUGACUCCAAAUUGCAUAAAUCAGUCCAGUUUUUCACAAAAAUUUAUCCAAAAUCAGAAGAUCCCCUCAUUUGUUUGUGCUAAUGGAUAACUCUGAGUUGAUUGCAAAUUUUACACAAAAAUGUUCAAAAACAUUGGGUUCAAGUGAUACUAACUCCCACCUGCAGGUGGCAGUAUUUCUUACUUUUGAGGUUCCUGCCUCAGCUCUACUAGAUAUCACCUUAUAGUCCAUAAUUGAUAUGGCAAAUAAGAAAAAGUCACAUUUGACAUCAUAUGGUGCAAAAUUCCUCGCAGAUAUUUUUAAAUUAGCAUCACAAAACCUGUAAUUUUUAUUGCAAAAAAAAAAAAAUUCAAACAAUGAAAUACUAGAAGAGCUGUUCAAUGUGAAAAGACAUAAAAUAUUAUUUAAGUUUAACAAGUACUUUUGGAAUGCAGAGACAUAUAUUUAUUAAUAUUUGAACAGUUUGUUUUAUCAAAACGUUCUGGCACAAUCUGCCUUUUGAGGACAUUCGUGAUCUUGAUAUGGCCCAAAAUGAAAAUAAGUUUGACCCCCCUGAGCUUGAAGAAUCACAUCAACUAUGUUUUGUUCCAGUCACUUCUGAAAAAAGUAUAUAGUCUUCCUGCUUCCCUUUUUGUAGGAAAUCAAGCUUCAUAUAAUCUUUGAUCCUGAAAAGUUGAAAUGAGAUUGAUCCUGGAUUUUGGCUCAUCCUGACAAAAAAUUAUGCACCAUCACUAUGUCUUGUUAUGUACAAUGUCUAGCAAACCAAAGCUUUGACUUAAGGUUAUGAUAAUUAAGAUAAAUUAUAAAAAUGUACAUAAAUAUGACAUCACCUGAAGCAGUGACCGUUUACUACAAUGAGAACAUGACCUACCUAAAGGCUGUGUCCUGUCACUUGACUUCUUUUCCUCCAUCCUCCGUAGUAUUUUCUCAUAGUGUUUUUUGCCCUACACUUUAAUCCAACUGUGUUUGUUUCAUGUGAAAUUUUAAUCAAAGUGCUAAACCAGCUGCUCCUCAGGUGCCACUGAGUACAGCUGGUGGAUCUUACAUCUCCUUAGAGUUGUUUUUAUUUUUUACAAGAUGCAGAAGCAAUUCAGCUUUUAUAUCUUAAAUCUUCAAGUUCCUAGUUGUAUUCUUGGCUGUUUUUGGAGGAGACAGUGCUUCUCUGCUGCUCCAUUUGCCUUGUAGCUGACUGCCCCCUGGUGGUGAUUUUGUACUGGGCAUUUACUCUCAUUUCACUUAUGAAGUAGAUGCAAAUACUACCUAUAUCCAGCAACACCUUAACCAGCUGUAGUGGUCCUUUUCUAUUGACAAGACUUGUGUCACUUAUGUCUUCCUAGUGCUUCAUGUUCAGUGUUGGACGCACAAGUCUUCACGUCGUAAUGGAAAGAGUUCAAAGCCAUUACUUUAUUAUAGUGAGACCAAACACUGUCUCUGUGAUGCAAGUGUCAGUGCCAAGAUUUUACACUGGGCUGCUAUGAAGCUUGGUUGUUUGUAGCUUUGGAAUACGUUGGCCAUGCUACUCCAGCCGUGGAACUACUUCUGUGUCAGACCAACCCUUUUUGUAAAGCUCCUUUUUUUAAAAGUACAAUAUGUGUAUUGCUCUUUUGAACUGGGACUUGAAAUGAAAAACUCCAAAAUGGAGUCAAUUUUAAUGUUAAAGCCAGUGUUUUGUAUGAAAACAUUUUGCUUUUGGAAUGAAGCUCUUUUUUUUGUAUGAUUAAAGAAAAAAAAAAAGAUCAAUGAUUACCUUUGUGGAUAUUUAUGGAUAUUGUGAUUUAAUUGCCUUCCAACUGUAAAAAUGUGAAAUAUGACAUAGUAUAUUUUUAUAAUAUGUCAGCUGCAAUGGCUGAAGGAAAAAAAAGUCAUUUUGUUUUCUUGUGUGGUGCAGUAUCAGUAUUUCAUGUAUUUAGCAACCCUCUGGACUGACUUUUAAUAAACAGUGUUACUUCUUUUUCAACAUUG